CGGCAGAAAGCGGUGAGGACGAGCCGCCGGCUCUGCCUGGAGGUGGAGGCGACAGUGACGAGCUUUCGGGCUCAGAGGCAGAAGAAGUCCCCGCCGGGCAGGAGCUGUGGCCUGGUUCCCUGCGGCGUCUUCCCGGAGGAGCCGCUUUCCCCAACUUUUCUUGACAACAGCUUCCGGAGCCGGCGAAGGGGGGCAAUGUCUGUGGACUCCAUCACUGACCUGAGUGACAACACUUCCAAGCUGCUGGAGGCGCUGCAGUUGUCGCACCCCCAUGAGCUGGAUCCGCGGAGAAGCCUGGGCAAGAAAAAGAUGUUGAGCCUCAACCCCAUCAGCUGGCAGGUCCCGCGGAUUGUGGACAGAUGUUGCAAACACAUCGAAACACACGGUCUCCAAACGGUGGGCAUCUUCCGCGUUGGGAGCUCCAAGAAAAGAGUUCAGCAGCUGAGGGAGGAGUUUGACCGCGGACUGGAUGUCUUCUUGGAUGAGCAUCAAAGCGUUCACGAUGUGGCCGCUCUGCUCAAAGAGUUCCUUCGGGACAUGCCGGAUUCGCUGAUUCCCAGAGAGCUGUACGCAGCCUUCCUCAGCACGGCCUCCAUGGAGGGCCCGGCGCAGCUGGCCGCCCUGCAGCUCCUGCUCUUCCUGCUGCCCCCCCGCCACAGCGCUUUCACGAAGGACUUAUCGUCCUGCAUUGAGGUUGAUUUGGGUUUCCUGGGACAAUUCAAACUCUAA